CGAUGAUAAGGUUAUGUUCUCGCGUUGUGCGAGGCGGCAUUGUCCACUCUAUGACCCAAACUGUGAGGCACCGGCACUUUAAAACCCGAAACCCGUUCAGGAAAGUAAAGCCGCUCUCAGUGAAGUUGAAGGAACCGGACCGAAACGGGCUAUUGGGAAGCGAUAGAUCGAGUACUUACGAUUUUGACGAUGCAGAGGAAGACCCAGAAGAGGUCCUGGAGCACGUUGAACAUUACUACGAUCGUCACAUGGAAGAACUCCGGUUGGAACGUCGUAGAGCAAGGUCAGCGAUUAUACGACGGAAAUACUUCAAGGAUUUAUUUCCGCCGGAAACAAACUUACUGUCGUGGGCUGCGAAGGAGCAAAUCCGCUACCUGCACAACCUCGACCCGUCCGAAUGGACUGUUGAAAAAAUUGCCCAGUGUUUCCCUGUCAGCGUGCUGGGAGCAAAAAAGCUGCUGAAAUCCCAAUUUAGAAAAGAAACAGCUGAACAGAUUGCAGAACACGACAGAAACGUACAGCUCAAGUGGAAGGCAUUAAAAACUGGCAAGGGGAAUGAAUAUAUUUCGCCAACCACUAAGAAGCUGUUCAUGGAGGGAAAACUUCAGGAAGACCAGGCAUAUGGGAACAAGACACUUCCUAUGCCACAACAAGGAGGUGACACGCGGGCACUGGAGCUGUCGCGCCUUUCUCCAAAACCUGGUGAAUACAGCAAACUAAUUGCCACCUACUUAAAGCUGAAGAACCCCGAGAAGAGUGUGUCACCAAAGAAAUAUGAACAGGCAAGUCCCAAGCAAACGUACGACGACGUUUACACGGAAGAUAUGGCGGCUGCAACAUCACUCAAGAAAAUGGGCAGCCAUGGUAGCCAUGUCCGAAUAGAUGAAUUCAAGGCUGUAGAAACGAAGUUUAGGCAUUAUACAGGUGAAGGCGUGGAUCGCAGAGAUGCAAUACAUGCAGGCAGUGAGAAUGUUUCAGACACACCAUCAACAGAACUCCAGGACACAGGUGGCGCUGUGACACCAGAAGGCACUACUGAAGACGUGGUAACAUUUGACAUUCUUGAAGCUCACAAGUAUAGAAAAGAUGACACAUUGUCACACCGAAUCAGAAGCGAGAUUGCAGAGAACUACAAGUAUUCGGAAGACGGAGACGAGGCACCAAGACAGCACAUCACAAUACCGUCCCACUUAAAGAAACGAAGUACUGCUGUGUAUAGGGUUGGAAAGUGCUACUAUGAUGAAGAUGGUGAAAUACUGUUCAAAGUUCCUUGAUGAAAAGUGUUCGUGUAUUAUAGUACUCUUUAUUUUGUGGAAAUAUAUAAAUUAACUACAAAAA